AUGAGCGCUGAAUCGAGGAAUGGGCAACCGAGGGACGAGGAAGACCCGCGCCUUGCGUGGUUGGCGGCUCGCGUUAAGAGUUGCCUCUACGGCGUUGACGAUGACGUCAUUGCGGAUCUCUACGGCGACAUUGAUUCUAGAAAAGUCAUCCUGGAGAUUUUUGAUAACCCAAAGGAACGCUUUCUCGUCAUCUCUUCCCAAGAAGCCACAACCACGGAGGGCAACGCCGUCGGUGGCAGGCUCUCUAUGGCAACACCGCGAAAAACCCCUCCAAAGCUGAUUGCCACAACGCGGGCGAUCAAGAACUCAAAUAUCACCGGCUCCACAAAUUUUCCACCAGACCGGACAAGAUGCAUCUUCUUUCUUCGUGUCCAGAAUGUACAGUUAACCAAAGAGCUUGUGCAUAACUGGAGGACUGAAACCGAGUGCCCCAUUCAUAGGGCCUUUGAGAUUUCCUGUAUGGUAGUGCCCUCAUUGUCCUCCUUUCACACCAUUUUAAAGUAUGCCUACGGGCCGAUCGUAGAAGAUGUGGUGUCGUCUGCUGGACGAAGACGGUGUGUUGCUACAAAAAAGGUUGCAAACCGACAGCUUUACACUGAGAUCUUGAAUUGGGUGCAUCGUGUUGAUAUGCAAAUGACGGGAUUUCGAAACCAGGUCUGUGCGGAGCGACGACUACCUAUGCCACAAACGCUUGUAUCUAUGGGGUAUUCUGACUCUGGACUGAAAUCUGCGCUUGCCAAUGAAGAUGUUAUCAAGCAGAUUGACAUUACCGUCUCCCAGUGGCAAGCAGAGAUCAGCUAUGCCAUGUCACUGGAUCCACAGAAGGAAGGCCCUCUUGGAGAGAUUGAGUAUUGGCGUGAAAAAUAUAGUACCAUCAGUGCUUUAUACGAGCAGAUAAAUUCCCCUCAGGCAAAGUUUAUUUUGAAAGUGGCAAAGGAAGCGGAGUGCAACUCGUUUCACUUGAUCUCCACUACAAUUCAACAUUUUUUCCGUCUGUACGCCGAGGCAAAAGACAAUGUGAAGUUUCUCGGUACGUUGGACCGUCAUUUCCGCACGAUGCACGGAGUGACACCGGGUUCUGGCUCCCUUCAGCCCAUCAUUGACACGCUGUCCUCUAUGAUGACAGGAAUAAGAAUGGUGUGGAUUAUCUCUCGCUAUUAUUGCACGGAAGAGCGUAUGGUUGGGUUGCUGGAGAAAGUUGGGAAGUUAAUUGCUCAAAAAGUCUCACAGCACAUCGAUUUCCGCAGUAUUUUAGGCUUACCCUUUUCAGAGGCCAAGGAAAAAGUGAUUGAGGGCCAGCAGUGCUUACUAAAAUGGAAAGCCACUUAUGUCAAUGUGCAGGAGGAGAUUAAUAGCAGUGAACGUGAGCAGCCGUGGAAUUUUAACCAAAAACGAUUGUUUGAAACAACCGACUACAUGUCUGACCGUUGUACGGACUUGUUGGAAGUUAUAGAGACCGUGGAGUACUACAAUACGGUGCUUGGGGCGCAGCUAAAGACAGUUCUCACCGACACUAGCGGAAUUGAACGUAUUUUAAAGGAUGUGGAACGUGUGAAGCGUCCGUUUGAGACCCUCACCUUUGAUCCCUUUGAGCGAAAGGCGACUCAUAACUGGCAGGUGGUAUACUCCAAUUUUGUGAACACCGUCGCCAACCUGGACCAUGAGGUUUCUGAGUUUAUAAAUAAAAUCUUUGAUGAUGAUUUACGGAGUGCGGAAUCCGCAUUUGAGCUUUUGGUCUCCUUUAAAGGUAUCGUGUCCCGUCCGCAGCGUGCUGGGGAGGCGUUUGACACGGCGUCGCUUCUUUCAGAAAAGGCGGAUCGUAUUCUGGCGCAGUAUUUCAGCGAGGUGGAGAGAGUGCGGAGUAUUUUUGUGGAAAACCGCGACAAUCCACCACUCACGAAGAAUCAACCCCCGGUGGCGGGUGCCAUACACUGGAGCACGUCGUUGUUUCAGCGGUUGAAGAAGCCGAUUGUUCGGUUUCAGCAAGAGGGAAUGCUUGUCACCACCAUGGGGCGACAGGUGCGAGCAAAAUAUGUGGAGGUGGCGAGGCAAAUGAAGGAGUACGCCACUUCUCGUUUUAUUCAAUGGUCAGAGGGAGUGCGGCAGACAACUACGGCAUCGCUCAAGAUGAAUAUUCUCCGCAAAGGAAAUGGGGACACGUAUGUGACAAACUUUGAUGUUGCCCUCUUCAACGUCAUACGGGAGGCGAAGUAUUUGGACCGCCUCGGCUUUGAGGUGCCGCAGGAGGCCAUUAACGUCACCCUGCAGGAUGAAUCGUAUCACGCAAACGUGGACGCACUUAAGGCGAUGCUCCUAAAUUUUAACUGCGAGCUGCAAGGGGCACUGGAUGGUCCUGAGCGCGUUAUUUUGGCAAAAAACAUCCGCGAACUGAGGCUUGCGCUUGAGCCGGGAAUUCAUGACAUCAAUUGGACAAGUCUGGGCGUAACGGACUUUGUCGCCAACUGCGAGCGUGCUAUCACUAAGUUCCGAAAUUUAAGCCGCGAGGUACGCAAACGAGCGGACCACAUCCAGACGCAGGUUGUAAAUAAAAUUGGUUCCACAAAACUCAUACCGGAAUUUGAACAGCUGCUUCAGGCUGGAGGAGAACUGCCAGAACUGCAGGUUUUUGUGGAAACGAUUGAGCGACGUCGCACAACUCUGGUUGAUGCAUGUCUUCGUGCGUAUCACACCGCCAAACCCCUCUUGACAAAGAUGGAGAGUCAACUUGUUGGCACCCAUACGGGAAAGUGCCUUAUCCUGGAGAGUUAUUACCUUCACUGGGAACAACGCAUUUGGAAGGCCCUUACGAGGAUGGUGCUCAACUCUCUUCUGGCCUUUGCAAAGAUGCUUGGCUACCGUGGCUCCUCCACCGUGAAACGUCCCCCUCUUUUUAAGGUGUUGAUAUUUUUGACGACGGAGCCGACCUUCUCACCACCACAUCAAGAGAUCACGAGUGCAUUUCACAAGGUUCAGUCAAGCAUUAUUGAAUCCACCCAGCGAUUCCAACGAUGGAUGCGGGGAACAUGUAUUGAGUUCACACAGGGCGAACUGGUGCCACGACCAGCUGAGGGGGAACAGGAAACGCUCUUUACGUAUUACAAAGACAUCAACAGUCUUCCUCAGGUGUAUAAACUGCAGGGUAUAAUUAACCGAACCAUUCAAACUCAUUUAUCUGCUCUUGCAACAAACAUCAAGAUGCUUCAGCGAUACCGUUUUAUUUAUCUUGCGGAUAAAAAACUUUCGGUGGAACAGCAGGCAAAGAGUCAGUUUCACUGGAUUGACUAUGACGCAAAAUUUCAACUUUACUUUAACAUGAUUGCAGACUUUGAUGCCGAAGAACACAUACACGAUUUUGGAUUUAUGCGCUGUGACGAGAGCGCUUUUUAUGCGGAGCUUGUAGAACAUGUACAUCAGUGGAUUGCCAUGGAAGGUGCACAAAUGAAUGAUACGGUCCGGGUACGUAUGCAGAAGCGUUUAGAAUCUAUAGUCCGUAUUAAUAAAGAUUUGCAACGGCCAUGUGAAAAUAUUGAGGAUUUGAAGUUUGUGUUAGAAGUCAUGCACGACACGCGUGCCUCUUCGCUGGAUGUGGAGCAGGACAUCAGUGAAAUCAAAUACAUUUAUGAGUCUAUUAUGCACUUUGGCGUCAAGGUGGACCCGCAGGAGUUGAAGGAGGCGUUAAGUUUUCAAGGACUAUGGGACUGUACACUUGCGAGACUGCACGAAUUGGAGAAGGAUCUGGAGCCGAAGAAGCUUCGCUUCCGGGAGUAUACGCGUGCCGAGGUGGCCAAUUUUCUUCAAAAGGGAAAAUCUGUGCUGAAAGAGUUUCGUGAAAAGGGUCCUAGUCGUGCGGACAUUGACCUUCAGGAAGGCAAUAACCUCAAGAAGGAGUGGCGAGAGCAUUUGACGCAACUCCAGGCGAAACGUGACCAAUUGACAAAGGCCGAAAAACUGUUUGACUUGCCGCUUACAAGUCACGUUCACCUGCAGCAGUUGAACGAAGAACUGACAAAGGUGGAGGCAGUGUAUGACCUCUACGAACAGUGGGUUGCCAUUCUGAAGCGCUGGAACCGCAGCAGCUGGAAGGAUCUCCUUCUGGAGGACUUGCAAACCACCACGGAUGAGAAGGUAAAACGUGCACGUCUCCUUGGUAGGACACACGGUGAUGUGCAUCCAUUCAAGGCUGUUCAGCAGGUUAUUUUGAAUUUUCAUUCCUCUUUGCCACUGCUGGCGAAGUUGAAGAGUCCGGCACUGAAGCAGCGUCACUGGGUGGAGCUAAUGCGGGUAACGGGCAAGGAAUUCUCUAUUGAGCAAAUCAAUUUAGAUGAUUUUAUUGCCAUGGAACUUUAUUGCUUUGCAGAUGAUAUUGAUAAUAUCAUUGUUACAGCGGCGAGGGAGCAGGCUAUUGAGAAGGACAUUCUGGCCGUAAAGGAGUUCUGGUCAAAGGCAGAGUUCUCACUGGUGCCGUAUGAACCUCGUAAGGGAGAUGUUCGCUGCAGUGUUCACAGUGACACAAGCGAGAUUCAAGAGGCUGUGGAUGACAAUAUCCUUAAAAUGCAAUCCAUCGCGAACGUGAAAUGGGCACAACCGUUCAUAGAUGAUGUGAAACUGUGGGAAAAGAAAUUGGCAAUGAUCAACGAUGUGAUUGCUGUGUGGGUUACUGUGCAGAUGAAAUGGCAAUAUUUGGAAUCCAUUUUUAAGGGAAGUGACGAUAUCGCCAAUCAACUCCCAAAGGAAACCGCCAAGUUUAACGACCUGGACAAGAAGUUUGUUCGCAUCAUGAAUGAAACGGCCGCUGGGCCGAAUGUGGACAUCUGCUGUAACGCGACUGGUCGUCUUGAAGAGUUUCGGUAUCUGGAGGAGAAACUUGAGGAAUGCCAGAAGGAACUUUCCAAUUACCUUGAGACGAAGCGGUACAUGUUUCCUCGUUUCUACUUCAUAUCCGAUGAUGAGUUGCUCUCCAUUUUGGCUGCCAGCGGUGCAAAGUCAGUGCAGGAUCACAUGUUGAAGAUGUUUGACAACUCUGCCCACCUAAUUUUUAAGGAUGGUGAGGAUGAAACCAUUUGCGGUGUGGAAUCGCAGGAGGGUGAAGUUGUAAUUUUUGACCGCCCAGUGGCAACAAUGGGUGCGCCCGUGGAACAAUGGCUACAAGAAGUUUUGGAGGAGUCGCGCUCGACACUGCGUGACGUUCUUAAGGCGGGUGUGUACUAUUACCCUCGGAUGGGUCGACUGGAUUGGCUGAAAAAGUACCAUGGCAUGGUUACACUCACUGGGGCCAAGAUUUGGUGGACGUUCGAAGUGGAAGACGCUUUUAAUUCUCUCAAGAAGGGAAAGAAAAGUUCAAUGAAAGACCUGUCGGGGAAACUGACACGACAACUCAUUGAUCUUGUGGGAGAAAUGGAUAAGGAUAUUGAGAAACAGUACGCAAAGAAAGUCAAUACAUUGAUCAUUGUAGAUGUUCAUGGACGAGAUAUUGUGGAUCGCUUUGUACGAGACUCCGUAACGGAUGCUCGUGAGUUUGAUUGGGAAUCACAAUUACGGUUUUACUGGGAGCGUGAUGGUGACACAUGCGUUAUACGUCAAUGCACAGGGCGGUUUAAUUUUGGCUAUGAAUAUAUGGGAUUGAAUGGGAGACUUGUGAUCACCCCGUUAACAGACCGCUGCUUUAUGACGUUGACUCAGGCGCUGUCUUUCUAUCUUGGUGGUGCUCCCGGUGGGCCGGCGGGAACGGGGAAAACGGAAUCCGUCAAGGAUCUUGCAAAGGCUUUGGCCAUUCAGUGUGUUGUCUUUAAUUGUGGUGAGGGCUUGGACUAUAAGGCGAUGGGUACAAUCUUUUCUGGACUGUCACAGACCGGUUCAUGGGGUUGCUUUGAUGAGUUCAACCGUAUUGAACUGCCGGUGCUUUCCGUGGUAUCCGAGCAACUGCGCAGCAUUCAAAGUGCACUGAAGGCUGGCGAAGAAGAGUUUCUUUUUGGUGACAAAGUAAUUCGACUUGUACCGACGGUUGGUGUUUUUAUCACGAUGAAUCCCGGUUACGCUGGCCGUGUUGAAUUACCGGACAACCUUAAGGCUUUGUUCCGUCCUGUAGUGAUGGUUGUGCCAGAUAUGGAAUUGAUUGCGGAAAAUAUGCUCUUCUCGGAGGGCUUCACGACGGCGCGUGAGCUGGCCAAGAAGAUGGUGACACUUUACCAACUUGCCAAGGGGCAACUGUCAAAACAACAUCACUAUGACUGGGGACUGAGGGCAUUAAAAGCGGUGCUAGUGAUGGCGGGACAACUGAAGCGUGGUGCACCUGAGUUGACGGAAGAGUCUGUUCUGAUGCGUGCCCUGCGUGACAUGAAUACCCCGAAGUUUGUCGCGGAAGAUGAGCCGCUUUUUAAGGGUCUUAUUGGAGAUCUGUUUCCUGGUCUUGACCCAACACGUGCACCGCAGGAAAAUCUUUCAAAGGCUGCGACAAAAGUAUUCAAGGAGAAGGGAUUUUUUGUGGACGCGAGACAGGUGGACAAGGUGGUUCAACUCUACGAGACGAUGCAAACUCGGCACACCUCGAUGGUCGUUGGCCCCACAGGUGGUGGAAAGUCAACUGUUAUUGACUGUCUUUGUAAAGCACAAACGGACCUUGGGCUACCAACGAAGUUGUAUAUCAUCAAUCCCAAGGCUCAACCUACUACCGCGCUUUAUGGCGUCAUGGACCCUCUUUCUCGGAGCUGGACGGACGGUAUUUUCUCCAAUAUCUUCCGUGCAAUUAACCGCCCCAAUGAAAGUGGAGCGCGUGAGCGUCGAUAUGUUGUGUUUGAUGGUGAUGUGGAUGCCAAAUGGGUAGAAGACAUGAAUUCUGUCAUGGAUGACAAUAAACUUCUCACGCUUCCGAAUGGAGAACGUAUUCGUCUUCGUCCGACAAGUUCAUUACUUUUUGAAGUGGGAGACCUACAGUAUGCCUCGCCUGCAACUGUUUCACGUGUUGGUAUGGUCUUCCUUGAUCCUGUGAAUCUCGGAUGGAAGCCUUUCAUGUACGCAUGGAAGUUGAAACGCCCACGUGAUGAACUGGACACCCUUAACGAGCUCAUUGAGAAAUAUGUGGAGCCUCUUGUUAAUUUUAUGUUUGAUGGCAUUGACGGAGAGGUUGUGACAGACCCGCCGAAGCUUGUGAUCCCGACCAAUGAGUUAAAUAUGGUACGCCAGUUGACGACCAUGUUGCACACGGUUUCUCCGCAGAAAGUGGCACUGGAGCCAAAGGCAUUGCAGUGUGUCUUUUUAUUUUGUUGCGUGUGGAGUUUUGGCUCUCUAAUUGCCACUGCAGAGGGUCGUGUACGCUUCGAUGCAUUUCUGAAGAAGGUCAGUGGAUGGAACUUGCAAGAUGUGGGCGAAAACUUCCUCACCCGUUUUGUGGGUAGUGGAUCUCUUCCGGAGCGCAAAACUCUCUACGAUUAUUUUUUUGAUCUUGAAGAAAACCGGUGGAAGCCGUGGCAUAUUCUUGUUCAACCGUUUGAAAGACCACCAGGCGCAAAAUUUGGCUCACUUCUUGUUUCUACGGUUGAUACUGAACGAAACAUGUGGUUGCUAAACAAAAUUGUUCUUAAUCGGACUCCUGUCAUGUUGGUUGGCGAGAGCGGUACCGCGAAGACGGUCACCAUUCAGGCAUACCUUAAGCAACUGAAGCAACGUUCUCUGGAGGCAGACACGGCUGCUAAUGAGGAUGUUCAUCUUGAGGAGAUGCUUCUUGAGCUGAAUUUCAGCUCUCGCACCACAAGCCUUGAUGCACAGAGGGCGAUGGAGGAUAACAUUGAGAAGCGUACCAACACCGUGCUUGGCCCCCCGGCAAAGAAGCGACUUUUGGUGUUUGUGGAUGAUAUCAAUAUGCCCCGUGUGGAUCUCUACGGCACUCAACAACCCAUCGCCUUUUUGAAACUACUGGUGGAACAUCAUUCAUGGUACGAUCGAAAAGAUCUUCUUUUUAAAAAUGUGCGAGACACGCAAUUUGUGGCCGCGAUGGCUCCGCCUGGCGGUGGUCGCAACGCUCUUGACCCACGUUUUGUCUCUCUCUUCACCAUUUUUAAUAUUUUAUUCCCGUCGGACGAAUCGAUCAACACCAUCUACGGACAGAUUUUGCGCGAUGCCUAUAAAACAAUGGCGACUGAGUUGGGUGAUUUGCCGAGUCAACUCACAUCCAUGACGCUUAGCCUGUAUCAACAGCUUUUUGCCGCACUUCCCGCAACACCCACUAAAUUCCAUUACAUUUUCAACUUACGUGAUUUAUCGCGUGUGUAUGAAGGACUUUGCCGAGCCACCCCAGAGAUGUUUCCAGACGCGAAGAGUAUCGUGCGAUUAUGGCUUAAUGAAAUUUCCCAUGUGUUUAUGGACCGUAUGGCAGAUUCUUCCGACAAGGAGUUUGUUGCGCUUCUCGCACGGAAGGAGAUUACGAGGCAUUUCCCAGACACGGCGGAAUUUGCAUUGGCGGAACCUCUUUUGUUUGGUGAUUUUGGUGAUUUUGAGCCUGAUAGCGAUGUGGAGCGGCUGAACAUUUACGAAGAUUUUGGAGCGGAUUUUACCAGGGCGCGCUCAUUGGUGGAGAUGAUGUUGGAGGAGAUUAACACACCGACGAAAACGAUGGAUUUGGUGAUGUUUGACAUGGCGUUGGAUCACCUGCUGCGCAUCACUCGUGUUCUUUCUCUUCCCCGUGGCAACUGCCUGCUUAUUGGCGUUGGUGGAAGUGGCAAACAGUCUCUCACAAAAUUGGCAGCCGCCAUGUACCGGAUGGGCGUGUUUGAAAUUGUACUUUCCCGUAACUACAACGAGGAUGCGUUUCGCGAGGAUUUAAAACGCCUUUAUGCCCGUGUCGGUGUACAGAAGGAGAAAGUUGUGUUUUUGUUUACCGACAGCCACGUGAAGGAAGAGGGUUUUUUGGAAGUUAUCAACAACAUGUUGACGUCCGGUAUGGUGCCAGCGCUCUUCACAGAGGAAGAAAAGGAACCGUUGUACAGCAGUGUUGCUGCGGAAGUGGAGGCCGAUGGUCUUGCGCCCUCCAAAGAUAACAAGUGGACGGCCUUUGUCGCACGUUGCCGCGAUAACUUGCAUGUUGUGCUUUCAAUGAGUCCCUCUGGUGAUAUUUUGCGCACCCGUUGCCGUAACUUUCCGAGUCUUAUCAACAAUACAACCAUCGAUUGGUUUCAGAAGUGGCCAUCGCAGGCGCUGGAGGCGGUUGGUAAUCGCAUGCUGCAGGAGGAGGAACUGUCGGAGGAUUUGAAAAGGGCCAUUGCGAGUCAUGCCGUGUAUGUUCACUUGACAGCGGAUGAACUUUCUAUGCGUUUCUUGGGGGAAAUGAAACGACACAAUUACGUCACGCCGAAGAAUUUUCUUGGAUUUUUGGCAAAUUAUUCGCGGCUCCUUAUAACACGCCGAGAGGAAAUUGACGAUUUGGUGAAUAAAUUCGCGAUUGGUCUAGAGAAACUCGACCGUGCCCAGGAGGAUGUGAAAGUUCUUCAGGAGGAACUCGCCGAGAAGGAAGUCAUUUUGGAAGAGAAGCAGGAAGUUAACGAACGCAUGACGAAGGAAAUUAAAGAACAAAAGGAACGGAAUGAAAAGCGCAAGGCAGAAGCAUUGCUCAUGGAGGAAUCACUGAAUGUGCAAAGUGCGGAGAUUGAGAAGGAGAGUGCCGAGGCACAAGAGGUUCUCGACCUUGCUAUGCCUGCCCUUGAAGAGGCCAUGGAGGCGGUCAAGCACAUCAACCCCAAGAGUAUCACCGAAUUAAAGUCCUUUGCCAAACCACCCGCGAGCGUUGUGGCGGUGGUGCGCAUGGUAUGUGUCGUGAAGGGAGUGCCGGCGACAUGGGAUUCUGGCAAGAUUAUGAUGGGCCAAAAUGAUUUCAUUCGUUCACUUAUUGACAUAGACUCUCUUGCCCCAACACUGAAUCAGGGUAAGAUCAAUGAGAUUAAUAGAAUUCUAAAAGAAUUCCCUGUUAAUUCAAACGAUUUAAAGAAGGUGAGCUUGGCCGCAUCAGGUCUGAUGAUAUGGGUAGAGGCGAUGAAAGCCUACUGGAACACGGCAAAGGAGGUUUUGCCCAAACAAGCUCGAGUGCGGGAGCUGCAGGAAGCGAAGGCAAAUGCAGAGCGCCAAUUAAGUGCCUGUCAAGAUGAGAUUGGUCAGCUGACUGUGAGUCUUCAACGACUUCAGGAGCGUUUAGAUGCAGGUAUGCACGAGGCCCAGCUGCUGCAGCAAGAAAAAGCCGUGAUGGAACGUCGGCUUAAUGCCGCCCGACGUCUACUUGACGGUUUUGGCUCAGAACGUGUACGAUGGGCGGAGCAAAAACGAACGUUGGCUGAUGUAAGAAAUUGUCUUGUUGGGGAUUGCCUUGCGGGUGCCUCUUUCCUAUCCUAUCUUGGUGCCUUUACUUUUCAGUACCGACAGGAGGCAUUGGAGUCGCUGUGGCUAAAAGACAUUCAUGAGCGGGGCAUCCCACUCACCAAUGACUUCCAGAUUCAACACCUCCUUACAGAUGAGGUCUCCGUCUCCCAGUGGGCAAGUGAUGGUCUUCCACUGGAUUCUCUCUCUGUGCAGAACGGCAUCCUCACAACAAUGAGUACAGAAAGCAUCGGAAAAGGAAGGAAGUCUGGACGGGUUCGUUUUCCACUUUGCAUUGAUCCACAAAUGCAGGCAGUGAAUUGGAUCAAGCGGCAACAUAAGUCAAACCCACGCUUUGAGUGCGCCUCCUUCAGUGAUUCGGAUUUUUUGAAACGGCUUGAGUUUGCGAUUCAGUAUGGCAAUCCCUUUUUGUUUGAGGGUGUAGACGAGUUUAUUGACCCCAUCAUUGAUUCUGUGCUGGACCCACAGUUCCGUGAGGAUUCUGGCCAGCGUGUCAUACGUAUUGGCGACAAGGACGUUGUAUGGGACCCUAAUUUUAAACUGUAUCUCUGCACCAAACUGCCCAAUCCAGAGUAUCCAGCUGAGGUGUUUGGCAAAACUAUUGUGAUCAACUACGGUGUCACGGAGGAUGGUCUUGAGAGUCAGCUGCUCAACUACGUUGUGGCGAGUGAACGUAGCGACCUGCAACGUCAAAGUGAGGAACUUGUACAGACCAUGGCAGAGAGUCGUGCGCAACUGAAGGAGCUUGAGGAUACUCUGAUCCGUGAGCUGACGCUAGCAACAGGCAACAUACUUGACAACGAUGAUUUGAUUGCGACGCUGGAGAACACGAAAAGCAGCGCAUCGGAGGUGCAGCAAAAACUUGAACAGGCAAAAGAAACGGCACGUGUCACAGAAAUUUCUCGACAAGAGUACCGUCCUGCGGCUAGACGGGGUGCCGUUUUAUAUUUUGUCAUAUCUGAGUUGUCAAUGAUUAAUUCCAUGUAUGAGUACUCGCUUUCCGCCUUUUUGCACGAUGUCUUUGGGUACUCCAUUACAAAGAGUGAUGCCUCUUUUGAGAUUAAAGAUCGUUUGAAUAACAUUAUUCGAGCUCUAACAUACAAUCUUUAUUGCUACGUGUGUAUGGGCAUCUUUGAAAAGGAUAAACUCAUGCUUUCUUUUCAGAUGGCUAUCCGUCUUCUUACACAGGAAAAUCGAAUGGAUCGAAGUGAAUUGGAGUUUUUUCUUCGUGGCUGCGUUUUGGCUUCAAAGGAUUAUCCGUCCAAUCCUGUUGAAUGGCUUACAGAGCGUCAAUGGAAUGAUAUAUGUAAGUUGUCGACAACAUGCCAGGUCUUUGCCAAUUUACGCAAUGACGUAUCGGAAAAUUUGGAAGAAUGGCAUCAAUGGUAUGCGUUAGAUCGUCCUGAGGACCCAAGUAGUGUCAUCCCGUGUGGGUAUAAUGAGCGUAUCAGUGAGUUUCAGCUUCUUUGUUUGCUUCGCUGCUUCCGUGGUGAUCGUGUUUACACGGCCGCUACAAACUUUAUCAGCAAUUGUGACCUUCUUGGAGAGCGUUAUGUCAUUCCACCCAUUUUGCGUUAUAAGGAUGUUCUUGACAAAAGCUCCUCAACAGCUCCCAUUGUGUUCAUUGUGUCUCCUGGUGCCAACCCGACAGAGGAGAUCAUUAAACUUGCGACAAAAGAAGUGGGGAUUCAAAAAUUUCGUUCCAUUUCUCUUGGCCAGGGACAGGGCGAAGAGGCCAUGAAACUUGUGGAGGUGGGCGUUGUUCGGGGACACUGGGUUUUGCUGCAGAACUGUCAUUUGUUAACAAAGUGGAUGAAAGAUCUUGAGAAGGUCAUUGAGAAGAUGGACCAGACGCCACCCCAAGAAGAAUUCCGCCUUUGGUUGACCACAGAGCCCAGCAAGGACUUCCCAAUGGGUAUUCUUCAACGAUCGUUGAAGGUUGUUAACGAACCACCAAACGGACUUAAGAUGAAUAUGAAAAACACCCUUUUGAAGGUAACUGAGGAGCAACUUGAUGCAUGCUUGCACACCGCCUUUAGACCACUGGUAUUUACCCUUGCCUUUUUUCAUGCUGUGGUACAGGAACGAAGAAAAUAUGGUAAGAUUGGAUGGAACGUGGUGUAUGACUUUAAUGAGACCGACUUCUCCGUGUCGAUGCGACUACUUGAUACCUACUUGACAAAGGCGUACAAAAAUGGUGAUUCUAUUCCAUGGGAUACCCUGCGGUAUCUUGUUGGUGAAGCGAUGUAUGGUGGUCGUGUGACGGACAGUAUGGACCGACGCAUAGUAAAGACAUACUUGGAGGAAUAUUUUGGUGAUUUCCUUUUUGAUACCUUUCAGCCAUUUUACUUUUAUGUGAAUGAUGAAGUUAGUUACUGUCUUCCUGCGGAUAGUACGGAUUCAAAUAAACGGGUUACUCUGCAGCAGAUGAUGGCACUCGUGGAGUCCUUUCCAAAAGAUAACACGCCUGAGGUUUUUGGAUUGCAUCCGAAUGCGGAAACGGGUUAUUUGCGUAACGCAGCUGAAGGAAUGUGGGCGAGUUUGAUAGAACUUAUGCCUCGAUCCGGAAAAGCGGCAACACUUGGUGGGGAGUCACGAGAAGAUGUUUUGUUAAAGCUCACGGAUGAGAUUUUGUCGCAGUUACCGGAGCCUUUAGAUCGCAAACGAAUUAUGCGGAAGGAAAAGGAACGGGCAAAUGAGAUGGGACACAGUAAUUUGCAACCGACUCAAGUCGUAUUGUUGCAAGAAAUAGAGCGUUGGAAUCGACUGGUGGGAGUUAUGAUUAUUUCUCUAAAGGAACUACAGAAGGCUCUUUCAGGUGCCAUUGGUAUGAGUAAUGAUUUGGAUGAUCUUGCAUCUUCUUUGCAUAACGGCCAGUUGCCAUGGUCCUGGAGAAAAAUGGCGCCUGCUACACGAAAGAAUUUGGGCCGUUGGUUAGCCCACUUCCACCUCCGAUGCAAGCAGUACAAUGAAUGGGCCAUGAACGGGGAGCCGCGGUGCAUGUGGAUGUCGGGGCUAAUGGUUCCAGAGUCAUAUAUUUCCGCUCUUGUGCAGGUGGUUUGCAGACGAUAUAAGUGGCCGUUGGAUCGUUCUUCUGUCGUUACGAAGGUGACUACCUACAUGACUCCACAGGAGAUCCAAGAACGACCAAAGGACGGGGCAUAUGUGAGUGGACUUUUUAUUGAGGGUGCCAGGUGGGACACAAGCAGGCGCUGCCUUGCGCCGCAGCGCAAGAAGGAACUCAUCUCUGAAAUGCCAGUGAUGCAUAUUAUCCCCACUGAGUCAUCCAAGGUAAAAUCUGUGGCUACAUUUAGAACACCAGUUUACGUCACUUCGGACCGUCGAAAUGCGGCUGGCGUUGGCUUGAUAUUUGAAGCCGAUCUGUCGACAGAUGCCCACUCAUCCUUGUGGACACUAGAGUCCGUUGCCCUUAUUCUUGACUCGGACGACUAA